UGGGUUUAAGGAUCGAAGGCAAUUUUUCAUUAAUUUUUGUUUUUAUAUUAAUUGCUACUGCGCUUCGUGAAAAAUAUACGUUCAAAUAAUGAGUGAAUCUAAUUCUACAAGUUUUUUCGAAAGGCAUAAAUUUAUAUUUAAUAACUUUCAAUUUAAAUUUAAAGGCUUAUCAACCGAAACUGAGAAACUGUAUAUAAAACUUGUUAAGGAUUUAGGUGCAGAAGUCUCGAAUAAUGCAACCUAUAUUUUAACCGAUGAAUUAAACUUCUCAAAAAAUGAUCAGAAAGUAUUUACAGAUCUUUAUAAUAUUACAUAUAUUAUUGAUUCUAUACAAGCAGGAGAACCGCUUGAUAUAAGCUUAUAUAGGUUUAAAUGCAGUGACAACUUAGAAGUAGAUGACAACGAGUCGAUAAAUGUAAUUAACGAUAUAAAAACAGGUAGAAAAAUGAAAUUGGUAGUUGAAAAGGACACUGAUGUAGAAAUGAAUGAUAAAGCGUCGAAUGUAUUAAUAACCGAUAAAUUUGUGGAUAAUAAUCAGGAGGCGAAACGGCGGCGUAGCGAUUCAGAUGACUUUAUGUCUUAUACUUUUGAAAAUGAAAAUAUAAAUCCAACCAAAACUAACGUCGAAGUAAACAAUGCGAAACAUACAAAUCAUCUGGAUGAUUCAGAUUCUUCAAUUUCAGAAAUUUUUAACAACAGCGAAGAAGAAGAAAAGCAACAUAAUAAUGAUAAAAAGUGGUGGCAACAACAGCAAUUCUCAGAUGAUGAAAUAUGUACGAUUAGGAGCUGUUCGUAUCAACCCGAUCGACACGAGAAACAUGAUGUUCCAAGACGGAUUAUGUCAAUGACUGAAAAAAAAAUACUGCUGAAAUAUAUAAUAAUGACCAAUUCCAUAAGUGAAGCGAAGGGAAGAAAGAUAUUUAACUUAAUGCACGAUGCUAGGUAUCUAGUACAUAGAACAGUCGAAACUUUGAGAAAUUGCUUACGUAGAACAAUUUUACCAAACAUAACGUCAUUUGGAUUGCCGCCUCAUAUUUUAAACAAAUUUUUAGAAUUAAACAAGAACAAUAUCGAGGAGUAAA